AAUUGGCGCAGGAAAGCUAGAGGUUAUUGUGGCGCUACAAGCUGAGAAGGGAGGAUCAUGGGCGUUGAUGUGCACACUAUUUCGCCGGGAAAUGGCGAGACCUACCCAAAACCUGGUCAGCAAGUGGUGGUACAUUACACAGGAACUCUAAUGGAUGGCAAGAAGUUUGAUUCUUCCCGAGAUCGUGGCAAGCCAUUUAAAUUCCGCAUUGGACAAGGAGAAGUCAUCCGUGGUUGGGAUGAGGGUGUUGCUAAGAUGUCUGUUGGUCAGACGGCAAAGUUGAUCUGCAGCCCUGACUAUGCCUAUGGUGAAAAAGGUUUCCCUGGUGUGAUCCCUCCAAAUGCCAUACUAACAUUUGAUGUGGAACUACUCUCUGUGGAGGCAUAAACACCUGCAAUGCGCUGCUGCCAGUUGGGUUGGGGAAGGCCAGUAUUAUCAGAUGAAGGAAAAUGGUACACUACGAAAAUUUUAACCAGAUGAACAAGAACCAAGAGAAAACAGGAUGAAGAACUGUGAAUGGAAGAUGUGGUGAAAGACAGCUUAUGAAUGGGAGGCGUCACACACUUCCACCUUCACUUAGGGUUUGAGUAUCUGGUUCACGAUUAGUUUGCAGGACGUUCAUUUUGUGCAUUGCUAACUUAAAAUCCAUUUAGCUUUAAUUAUGAAUGAAGCACAACUUCCAAAACACUUAAAUCUGUACAACAUCUACAGUACAUGUGAGCCAACAAGUAUAUUAGCACUCAAACAGGUCAGGUCUUAAAGAAUUGUUUUGUCAAUUUCUCAUGUUAACCAACCUGAUCAGUUACACCGAGUAUUAACUUUGUAGAAAAUAUCUCGAUAAUUCAAGACAAAAAUUACCCAAAAUGUUCACCAUUUUUGUGCCGCAUAUACUUAUCUGGUGUAAAAUCCUUAAUAUUUUUUUUGUCUGAUUUACAAUGGAAGUUGAGCAAUCUUGUCUUCAUAAUGAAAAUUUUGGCAAAUCCUUAUCCUGAAUAACAGAGAUACUAAUAUCUAUCUAUUAUCAUAGAACACCAACCAGGUGACAUGAAAAGAUAUAAACACAGUUCAUCACAGUAUACACUGCCUUCCUGUCAACAGCACACAAAUAUCAUUCCUCAAUCUGUAACAGAUAAACUUGCACUAAGUCCUGACUAGUCGCUCCUUAUCCUAUAAUCUUCGAACGAUCUUUAGCCUUACCAUUGUCUACUGUAGGUUAAGUGUUCACCUAGAAGUUUCACUCACAAAGUGCAAGAUUCAUUAGUGCUCAGAAUGUUUCAUUUUCAUUUGACAUGAUGGUGUGAGGAUAGAAUUGUGGUUAUAACCGUAUCAAAUAAAGUAGAGUACAGUACAUGUCAUUUCUUAAUUCAUUGAACACAAUAAACAUGGUUUUCAUUCCAUGCACACUAAUUUUCAUUCCUGUAUUUUCUUAAGAGGCAGCAAGGGUGCACUUGUAUUGAACAGUGCAAGAAGUUGUUACCACCACUGGCAUUUCCUUGAUGAAUACAUUGAAGCAUCAAGAAUGUUUCUGUUUAUGGCACUGUGUUCUGAUGCCUCACUGUGGUCUUGUUUGAUUAGCUGCAGUACACUUGUCUAAUACUAUACUGUCAUAAUUUUGUGUGAACCAUCUAACAGAAAUGACUUGACAAUUCUGAUUGAAAAUUUCAACUGGAGUCAUGUCACUGUUACUAAAUCAUGGCCAAGUCUUUGAAUAGUAGAUGGUUAAGUUUCCAAGUAUUAGUUCAAGAAUAACUAACAUAUGUGAAAGAGUAGUGAGUACAGUACUUAAUUCUUCACAAAACAAUCUUGACAAAUACACUAAUACUUUCGGAUGUUUCUGGGAUUUUUAGCAAGUAACUGGCAAUCCACACACCAAAUACCAUUUGGUGGCACACAAAUGACACUUUACAGAUACAUAUAGACACAUGGUGUACGUUUAUUGACUAACUAAUGGCCAGCACACAGUGGCAGUCAGUCAACAUUCAAUUAAUUAUUCCAAAACUUUAUAAGAAAAAAAAAAGAUGCUAACUAUUCUAUAUAAAUUACAAGGAUGGAUGUAUAGUGGUUGUACAAAAUAAAGAAAUCACUGAAAAUAUAGAUUAAUUCUAUAGCAAUACUAUCAUUUACACACAUUAGAAAACACUAUACCUGAAAUAUGCAUCUUCAAAAUGCUACAGUAAGUAACUAUAUAAAUUGAGGAGAUGCUAUAUACAAAAAUAGCUUCAAAAUAUAUCCUAUUUUCAGUGAUAUGUCACCCUCACUUUCAUAGAAGUCACAAAAUAUGUCAUUCGAAAAUACAUUGAGUGUGGAUCAUUAAUUACCAACAUUGAUCUCUUUCUGAUCUACAGUAUAUUAUAAUGACAACUUACAUUUUAUAUUAUAUUCUAAAAUGUUUAUAAAAUUUCCAACACUGACAAUAAGCAACUUUGGUAACGAGCAUCAUAUGGCUUGGUUAAUGAUGCCACAAUUAUUAUCACAACCUGAAAAGCAUCAUCAAUAUACAACACAGUAAAACACAAAGAACAUUUUGACUAAUUCUUGAACUUUAGAAUAUCAUUGGUCGGGUCACAUCUGCACUACAGAAACAUUUGUUUUGCUAAGAAGCUGCAGCCAUGAGCCACAUUUGGACUUAUGGGUCAUUUUACUAAGGUCAACAUGGAAUAGUUUCCACUGGCUAAUGUGUUUAGGGGUGUUUAUUUAGACCUUAAAACAUGAAGGUUAACUUAAACUUUAAACUACUUUAUUGAGAAGAAAGAAUUAUUUUAAGGAGCUAACAUAUGUAUACAUAGGAACACUUCUGUGUUUUACCCUGCAGUACAAUAGGAAGUACUUGUGUAUUUUGUCCUAUACCAAAUAGGAAUGUUUUUCUAUACAUAUGUACAUACCUGUACAGUAUACAGUACUGUAUGUAUAUGGUUCGGCAAUUACCAAUGGAAGAAUUAAAUACUUUGUGAAGAUUUUAUGUGCAAUGUACAGUUAAGCAGUGUGACUUUAAAACUCCUGUGUGGAAAGUGUAAGUUUUUAUUACAGUAUUUCAAAAUGUCAACGUUUCAUUUUAUAAAUUUUCCUUUCGAUUUCUUUGCAUCUAAAGUCAUUAACAUAACACAUUUCACAGAUGGGUCAAAUAAAUUUAAUAUUUUUUUUAUUGCUCUUACAUAUUAUAUUGUGAAGCAAGUGGAUGAAAUUAAAAUAAUUUUUGUUUCGACUCCUAAAAUUAUGCCUAUUUUCUAAAUUCUCUCAGCAUCACAAAUGGCCAAUAUACUAUUGGUAGUACAGAAUACGAAGAUAACCAUGAUUUUCUAAAAAAAUAUUUGCUUUUACUGACGACAAUAAUUAACAAAAUUUAAUAAUGAAAACAAAAACACAGCUUGAGCAGUUUAUUCUUAAGAGUUUUAUUUGUGAGACUUCUCGGGUCACUUUGUAUAUCAAAAUUUAUCUGAUUACUCUUCCAAUAUUUGUAUACCUUAAUACAAAUUCUGAAGGUACAAUAUGUGCUUUAUACAAUGUUUGUCCUUAUAAUAAAAACUUAUUUUAGCUAAUUCCACAUUUCAAAUAUCUCUCUCUCUCUCUGUAUCCAGGGUUCGAUUCCUGACUAGUGAGCUAUUGUUUGUAUACAGUACUGUAUUGAAGUCAACGUGUAUAUGGAUUAUUGAUAUAUAUACAGGUAAACCUUGAUAAAUUAUGAUUAGUUCAGAUAUAUUCCGCUUUAACGAUGGUCAUGAAUUAAGAUCAUCUCGCUAUAUACGAUAAAAAUAUUCGCUUUAACAAUAUCCAUUGUUUAGAAGAAAAAAAUUGAUCUCUAGUGCUAACACUGGGUUGUAUAAUAUGAAAUUUAUUGCUGUCUUGCAACGAUUCCAGCAAUGCAAUUAUAUAUGUCUAUGUCAAAUCAGUGACAUUUUAUAAGGAAACAAUAUUUAACUCUACGCACCAUGCAUGUCUCCCUUCACUUGUUAGGCCUACUCGGACGAUGCCACAAGGCCAACCUGUGCACUACAACCCUGCACUUGGUUUUUGUCGAUCGUAAAACCACCAUCGCAUUGCUCCAUGCCUAUCAGUCAGUGUCGUACAUUGUAUUUAUCAUCGGUGUUUUGUUUUUCUUAUAGUGAGGUGGACAACACUAACAUUUAGAUUGAACUGUGCUAUGAUGACUGUAAAGUGAUAUUUUUUGUGACUGAGGUGCUUCACCUCUGUUGUGAAAAUGAUGUGAGCAGUGUCGGCCUCUAUCAUUGUUUUUAUGUUAUCAUCGUUUGCUCUGUUUUUGUGUCUAGUGCUUCUGCUCUAUUUUUGUGGCUGAUAUGAGCAGUGAUCUUUGAUAAUGUCUGGGAAGGCCAAGGCAUCCAAGACAACCGUGUAUCUGGGGUGAAGCUUGACAUUGUGAAGUAGCAUGAGACUCCCCAGGGGCUGUGUGGCAGUCAAUGUGAUGUUUCCACUCCACCUACAAGAGUCCCCUUAGCCUCAAAGGGGACAUGUGGCUUGUUUUUCAUGAUGUGGUGAGUGUUAUUAAUCGUUUUCUAUGAUUUUAUAAGCGUAGGAAUUUUUUUGUUGGUGAUACAUGUGUGUGUUUGGCGACUGGCAGGGAAUGUACCGUAACCUAUUGAACUCCAUGUUAUAAUGCUCCCUAUCUAUGGUAUUUAACUUAGCUAUAGGGUUUGAGGAACCUAACCCCAUUGUUUAUCGAGGUUUACCUAUAUAAUACCACAAUGGGAAAAUUAAUUUCCCUCUCUUUUAUUUUUCAGGUGAGGGAAUCACAACAAAUGAAUGAAUUAACACUAGAGGAAAGAGUUACUUUCAUAUUAAUGUACGGAGAGCUAAAUGCUUCACAAAAGAAUGUAAUCGACAACACCCAGGCAUGUGAAUGUUGUAGAUUAAAGCCUUUGCAACUGAUUAUUGUUUAGCUUUUUGGCUUUCCAUACAUGAAUACAGUAGUAUUAGAAUCAUUCUUUUUUCUCAUGUUAAUUUCUCUGACAUCUUCAUUGAUUUGCUAUGAAUUCUAUGGUGCUCGACUUAAGACACACCUAGUGUGUGUGUUUGUGUGUAAACAUGACUGAUACUAUGGUAUGACUCAUAAAUGUUCACUUUUUGGAGUUUCAUUAUGGCUAUAGUUUAUCACCUUUCCUUCAUUCCUCCAUAAGAAAUAUAUAUACCUGUAUACCUGUACAGUACAUGUUCAUUACAUAUAUAUUGUGGACUAUGUUAAACAAUUUUUGUCAUUUUUAUUUGGAGUGUUUCACAUUCAAUCCUGCCUUGGUCAAUUCUUCCAUACAGCAUCACAGUGAUCUACAUUAAACUAAUUUUUCUCUUCACCACACAACAUUUUUAGGGCCCCACACAGCAUUCAUCAUAUGCCUUGACCAUGGCCUCCAUUGUAGCAAACUAUUUUGUGAUUUGAAACUUUUUAUCUAAUUAGCUUAUGUACCUCAGACACACCCACAGAGGAAACGGUUUGACCAAUGUGAUUCAAUAUCUGUGUUGAGAACUCUACAAUGAUUUUGUGCUACAGCUGAUCAAACUUGGAAUUAAAACCAUUAAAUUGAUUCCAUAGACAAUUUAUCCUUAAUGUGAGAAAGUUAUUUAUAAUAUUCUUUGUUCAUGAAUGCUACUGCAUACUGUAUAUCAGGUACUGUAUAUACAAUGCAUUCUCAGACAGAUAUGGGAAAAAUCCUAUUGUGUUCUAUGCUGAAUACAAUAGAUCAAUGUACAAUACAGUAUUUUAUUAUACUGCAUUUCAUUUGUGGUUCUGUAUAUCUUGUAUGCAUUACCCUUAUAUUAAAUAAGGCUACAAGUACACUCCUAACACAGCUGGUGAUUUGCACAAGCAUUUCCUCAUUGCCAAGUCACUUGCCCUCUGUAAAGUAAUGCAUCACAUCCAAAGUAACUGCUAGGUUUCUUCUCUCUAGUUCACUUAUUUACACCAUCUACUUAUAUACAUAAAAUGAUGAGCAAUGAUUUACGAUGAUGUCUACAAACAUGUAACUUAAUACAGUGUGAAUUAUUUGUCUUUUCUGUCGUAUCUUAUAAAUAAGCCAAAUUGAAGUAAUAAGUGGAAUGUAAAUGGGGAUAAUUAUCAUUGUUUCCUUAAACUUAGAAUAUAAACUUUAACAUUUCUUUUCUUGAUGUAAAUAUACUUUUAAAUCACAGCUGAAAAAUUCCAGUACAAGAAAAGCUGUUUUUUCUAAUCAGUAAUAUCACAAAGUACUGUACAAUUUAACUACUGUACUGGAAUAUAUUUUCCUAUUCUUUAAUGUGUAAUACCUCUGAGACAAACCUUCAUUUUCCAUAUACUGUAUAUGUAAAUGAAACUACUGGAAAAGAACUGCAUAAUCUAAACAUGUUUUGACUAUAGGGUAUACAGUUAUGUGAAUUGGUGAAAAAACUACAACCGGGUGUAAGAAAAGAAGAUCCAUUUACUAACUGUUGUUUGUUCAGUCCUAACAUCACUUUACAUUCCAAUAGGUUAGCACGAGUAAGUGUACCCUAUUCAGCCUAACCUACUGUCAUUCACCUUCUCUCUUAAUAAAAUUUGAUCUUUGC